GUAUCCCAACCUUUCACACAUGCGCAACAAGAGUGGGCCAGCAGGUCAAAAAAGUACUUUAAAAGUGGAGGAUGCAAAAUCUCUUCCGGCUCUGACUUCUUCCCCAGUCUGCUGCCCGCAGAACUUAUUUUUCAAACACCGAUUCGGGGCCCAGGGAAAAGCUAGCUGGGAGAAAGAACACUCCCACGCCAAGAUCUGCUUCCUCCCCAGAACGGGCCACUGCUUCUCCGCCCUUUCCAACGGUGCGUAUAAAAGGCACCAGCUCAACCCAGCCCAACCUGUUUUCCUAUUGAAGGCACUUGGUCGACCCAGAACCCGAAGCUCCAGGGAAAAAAACAGCAUUGGACAUGGCUUACCAGACUGAGAUGAUCAUAGAUGCCCAGCCCCAGCCAGUGGGUAACAGCUACACUUUCACCAGCCAGGCGGCCUGGAGUUCGGAUCUGUGUGACUGCUGUUCUGACAUGGGCAUUUGUCUUUGUGCCACUUUUGUGCCCUGUAUCCUGGCAUGUCGGGUGGCAGAGCAAGCCGGCGAGUGUUUAUGCCUCCCUUUUCUGCCUGGUACUCUGAUUGCGCUGCGCACUGGAGUCCGUGAGAAAUACCACAUUGAGGGCUCUAUCUGUAAUGACUGGAUGGUCAUGUCUUGCUGUCCGCUCUGCGGUCUUUGCCAGCUUUCCCGAGAACUGAACAGCAGAAACUGAAAUGGACAGAGAAGUGGAGAAUCUUCAUACCAACUAGAUGGGAAGAGGGGCGAGAGCCAUUUUGGAAUGGCACCAGCGUAUUUUUAGACCAGAAAGACCUUUGCAGGAGGGACCACAAAGGCAUAGGACCCCCUGUGAUAACCCCACCAUGAAAUCUCGUGAAGGAAUAGAGCCCCCCUCUUUUUAGGACCCCCACCAUGAAAACUAUUUCCUAAUAAAACCAUAUUGUGACCCUCA